CGGGCCACGCGAAGGCCUGGCUUUGCUGCUGCGGCAAAACUACGAAUCAGGAAGAAGGGCGCGCCGCUGGAUCUGUGGCCCAACACAUUUUACGUCCACAAUGGGACGGAAACCCGCUCCUGUGCCGCUGACGCUCUCAGAGACCACUACUGCUGCUGCUGCUGCGGGCAGCAACCAACGUUCUGCCGGCGAAACGCAGCAUACCGACUCCCGGACCGAGCCAAGGUCUCCAAAGUCGCCCAGGUCCCCGCGCUCGCCAUUCCGUUUUACCCACAAGAAGUCCCCCGUUGCUAGCAUCUCGCCUUCCUUGCAGGCCCCCGCCGAAAUCCAGGCACAGAACCAGCUGUCCGCCCAACAGCCGCAACAACGACAACACCAGCAGACGCCGCAGGCGCAGUACCGCCCCCAAGACGAAAGCCAAUAUCCUCUAAUCUCGUCGGCGCUGGAACAGCCGUACCAGGGCCUGCCUGAGGUGCGUGAGCCGCCGGGCCUGGGCGUCGCCACCUCCAGCCAGCCCGCCGACGGUGGUCAGGCCCCGAGCCAGCCGCAAGGAGACGCUCUCCAGCUGCCAUCACAGAUGCCCUCGCAGCGCCCGCUCGAAACGCCCAAGUCUGGAUUCUUUUUCAAUUUUGCCAAGCCAUCGCCCUCGCGACCUACUGCCGACGCUAGGCGCACCGAAAUCAUGGCGAAGAGCACCGAGCACUCUAAAAUGACCAAGCAAAGUCACAAACAUUCCGAGUCGUCCCACAUCGCAGACCACAUCCAGAGGCCAUUAGCCUCGCUGCCCUCAAAAUCCGAAGUGUCGCUGGCAUCGUCUGCCGAAGGCGAGGCCACGACAUUGCCGAAGCGGGGAAAACCGAAACCGUUUGCCAUCCUUGGCCGCCAGCGGUCGCUUCAGGACAAAGAAAACACAAGCCCCAAAGAUAAGGACGCACACCUGGCACCCGAGGCCCCGACCGAGCCAGAACGAGCGCAUACGGCGGCACCCCCGCUCCGAACCGCACCCGCACAGUCCGACCGCAGCUUCCGCGACAUGAUGUCUUCGGCCGUCCGAAACCACUCGGCCGACAGGGCAGAGAGGACCCGCGCACGUGGCGACUCUGGGCGUGACAAGGAGAACCACAGCAGUCGCGACAGGGAAUAUCACCAUGGCCGGACCCAUACCUCGACGUCUCGCGAGAACGGAGGCUCUGCCUUUUUGAGUGGCCUAAAGAGCUCGGGAAGCAAGGCGGCUGAUAUCAUAAGCAAGGGCUUGUUUGGCAAGGGCGGGAGGAGCGGGAGCACAACCGAGAAGGAGCCCAUCGUGGACGAUGAGCACUACCAGCUCAAGGUGCUGAAUCUGCCUUUGCGCGACCAGGUUCGGCGCACGCGCAUCUCGAAGCGGCUGGAGGAUUCUCGCGACAAGACGGAAUUCUGGAUGCCCGCGUUUCCCUGGCGAGCGAUCGACUAUUUGAACUAUAAGGGCACCGAAGUCGAGGGUCUCUACCGGGUUCCGGGGAGCGGUCCACAAAUCAAGAAGUGGCAGCGCAAAUUCGAUGAAGAAUACGACGUCGACCUGUUCAACCAGAAGGACCUGUACGACAUCAACAUCAUCGGCUCGAUGCUCAAGGCCUGGCUCCGCCAGCUCCCGGACGAACUGUUUCCGAAGGAGGCACAGGAGAGGAUAGCAAAGGAGUGCGCCGGCGCCGAGAAGGUCCCACCUCUCCUGAUCGAGGAGCUCUCCAACCUGUCACCGUUCAACUACUACCUUCUCUUCGCCAUCACAUGCCACCUCAGCCUCCUCCUUGCCCACUCAGACAAGAACAAGAUGGACUUUCGUAACCUAUGCAUCUGCUUCCAGCCAUGCAUGAAGAUCGAUGCCUUUUGCUUCAAGUUCUUGGUCUGCGAUUGGCGAGAUUGCUGGAAGGGCUGCAAGGACGAGGCCAAGUACAUCGAGGAGGAGUAUCUGCUCUUUGACCAGCCGCCGCCGCCGGGUUUAUCAGAGCCUUCGUCAAGAAAAGCUGCCCCACGUGCUGAGGGCAUGGCCACGGGUGCGCCGUUCCAGGAUGUGCGCCUCGUAUCAUCGUCGGACAGCAGCAAGCAGUCAAACCAGGGCGAGAAGCCGUAUCAACAAACACAACAACAACCACAGCAGCAGCUACAGCCGCCCAAGUCACGUCUCACGAAGAAGAAGACUCAGCCACAGCCAACCGACAACGGCGGUGUGGUGUCGGCUUCAACAGUGCCCACUCUCACCAUCGACAGCAACCCACGAGAGACGACACCACCAAGGAGGUCAGGGGACAUGCGGCCAUUGUCUCCGAUAAAGCCACUGUCGCCCUUGGGCUUUUAGUACCGUCUAUUGCGCGGAGCUAUGCGUGGACGGGCGAGACGGGACACCAUACGUGCUAAGCGCCCGAAGCAACAAUUCCCAAGAUCCCAAGGCUGAAACCGGUACGCUUCGGGUUAGCUCAAUCAUCGCUGGGCCACCGCCCCGUCUCUGCAAUCCAGUCAUCCGCAGAAACCAAUGUACCCUAUACCCGACAUCCUAACGACCGACGACGCAUUUUACGACUUGAUAUCACACUGCGUGCGGCUGUCGUGUCUUGCAAAGCCAACUCCACUCGUCACCACCGCUACUACCACAAUAACUGUAACACACAAGUCCAAGAUUCUUGGCAAUCUUGGGGAGCCGGACCCCUGUUCGGGUACCCAUGAAACUGGGAUAGAAUUCUGGGUUUUAGGGGGCAUUUUCUUUCCUUUCCUUUUGUUGUCUCGCUCUCCAUCUCCUGCAGCAAAAGCUUUACCAUGUUGUUAUCUUUCACGAACGAACCUCUCCGGCUUCAGACUUUUUUUUUGUUAUACCCCUUCGGCAUUCUGUGACGGUCUCAUCAUUCGUUUUCCAGACUCAUGAAAACGCAGGGCAUGGACAGGCUUUUCUUUUCGUCCUUAAACUUCACUCGUGUUCUUUAUUCUAGCUUUUAUUUCAUUUGUUCGGCUUCCUUCGAUUUGACAAUUUCGGCUUGGAGCCUCCAUGUUCCUGGGUUUGAAUACCUCUGACGCAGCCCGGCGCUUGAUGGAAUUAUAACUUAUUAUCUUGCGCAAGUUUACCCCUUCCUAGCUAAUUGCGUUACGCGUCUCGCCUACGGCGCACUGUCGCGUUGGGACCGUCUAAUUUGACUGCCCGAACAUGCAGACGUGAGAGCAUCGAGUCCGUCUCGGGGCUGAAUGCGCCAUGUCAAGGAGUAGCAUGCAGUCCAAAUACGGCUAAUUGGGACAUGCUUAUCCAACCGUAUCCAGAUGGCUUUUCAUCCUUUUUGCUAUGUCUGCUUUUGCCGUUUUCUUGUAUCUCUUUCCUCAGGUAGCAAGGUCCGGCCAGACAUCUAGGUACCCCAGCAUCGACAGAAGGUUAAUAGACAACCUCGCCAUACAAAUUGUUGGCCACGUGGGGCAAGGCUAGAUCCUCAGUGACAAUUUUCUAAAACCACCG